AUGCGAGCCGCGCCGACUCGCCUGGCUCCCAGCACGGUUGCUUCACUUGGCCGUUCUCACUGUGGAUCACAAGCUUACCAUUUGGAUGCAGCCGGCGCAGCUGGAUGGCGCCGGCGCCGCCGCUUGACUGGUGUGUCUAUGACAACAACGCACACCGUCGCCCCCGCCGUCUCUGCCUUGCCAUUCUCGCUCUCCACAGCCCGGCGCACAUACUACUGGCCGUACCCGGAGAACCUGGUGCCGGAAGGAGCGACCACGUCGCCGUUCCAGUCUAGUCCUGUGCCAAGUGUGCGAGAGCGCAUCAUCCGGGAGUACGCGCUCGGGCCACUUUUCGGCAGUCGCACGCCUUGCUGUGUGCUCGGAUUCGCCGGCACCGCCAGAGAUGUCGCGGCGUGCAAACGCGACGUGCGUCGGUGGGUUGCACGCGCACUGGGAAAGUCAGAGGCGGAUGUGGAGCUUGGCGCUCUCGUGCAAGCCAAAGAAAUGCUGCUCCACCGUAGCGGGACCGAUGAGUCGCCGCGGCUCGGCGACGGGCCCGGGAGCCGGCCCGAUGCAGAGCAACGUCGUGUGACGCGAUACGCACGCCUUCCUGUGCAAGCGCGCACGCUGUUGGAGGUGUACCUGCCGGGGGAAGAACACGGCGAGGUCGACGCCGCGGCAGACGCGGACGCAACCAUUCUCGCUCAUGGCUACUUUCUGCAGGAACAACUUCACCGGCACAUGACCACGACAGCGUCCUCUGGGUCAGACCCCACCGGCCGGCGCGACAGCGAGGACUGCCAGCCCGAAGAGCCCGCCCGCAAGAUGCAGUCGCACUGUCAGGGAUGCAGCGAACCAAAUGACGAGGCGGAUGUGAAGUCGAGCGUGGCCGCCCUGCACGACGUGUGCGGCGUCAUCUACUGCGAGGUGCCGGUGCUCGAUGAAAGCGACUUCGCCUUCGACCAGCUGUGUGGCAAGGAGGUGGAUGAUGAGACGACGGAGCGGGUGACGGACCGCUGGACGCGGCGCGCGAUGCAACAGCAGCCGCAGUUGUAG